ACACACACACUCGUCUCUGGGUUUGUCAGCUCUAAUAAUAGUGUGGAUCAGGUUCAGACUUCAGCUCAACACAAUCAGAGCAGCAGCAGCAGCCUUUUCUCUCUCUGUUUUACUUCAACUUCUGCUUUUCCAAUUUUCCAAUUUUUUAAUUCAGACUUGGUUUUGAAAUCGUCUCUCUCUCUCUCUCUCUCUCUCUCUCUCUGUGGCUUAUAACCGGGUUUUUUUUGGUUCUGGACUCACUCAUGCAGCGCUAUGACACCUCCUUCUCCUUAUCCUCCUCAGCUUGGGUAGAGGAGGUCAGUGCUGAGGAGGUGGAGACUGUGGCUCAGCAGACAGGGGUUUUGAAUGAGGAGGAGGAGGAGGAGGAGGAGAAGGAGGAGGAGGUCACACCUGCUGACUCAGACUCAGGUGUUUCAGGUGAUUGUCCGGGUGCCCAUCUCUUCAUCACUGCACCACAGAAGAUACAAGCACUGACAGGAUCAUGUGUGUGGAUUUCCUGCAGCUUCGAACCUGUGACCACUGAGGAGACGUUAUCCGGCGUGUGGAUUAAAAAUAAACUCCAGUUUGGCCAAAAUCCCAACAACGUGAUCUUCAACAGCACCAAUAAAAAAAACAUCUACAGCGGUGAAAUAAGAGGAAACCUGAAGGAACAAAACUGUAGCACAGUGUUUUACAACGUACAGACAAACUUCACCGACAAAUACUUCUUCAGGAUUGAGAGCAAGUCAUUCAAGGCAACAGCUAGUUGUAAUUCUGUUUACAUCAAUGUUACAGAUUCUCCUCCAAGCCCCACCCUUGAAAUACCACCAGAUCUGAAGGAGAACGAGUCUGUGACUCUUACCUGCUCAGCUCCCACCCCCUGUCCUGGUUCCGCCCCUCGACUCACCUGGCAUCUCCAACAGGACCCUCCCAACGAGAUGAAGAAAAACUCGGAUGGAACCUUUACGACGAGAAUCAAACGCACCUUUAUUUUGUCGGACAGAGACGACGGACGCAGCGUCGGCUGUUCUGCUGUGUAUCCUGUGAAUGAAGGACAAGAGAGGACAGUGGAGAAGAUCGUGUCUCUCAGUGUUUCAUAUGCACCCAAGGACACAGUGGUGUCCAUCAGCAGGUCAGAAGGUCACCAGGUGAACAUGACCUGCUCCAGCAGAGCCAAACCUUCUGUCAGCAGAUUCUCCUGGUACAAGAAGAACCUCGACAGAGACGUGGAGGUGGCUGAAGGAGCUGAUCUCAGCGUCACAUUCACAGAUGGAGACGUUUAUUUCUGCGAGGCCUUCAAUGCUGUUGGUCAGCAGAGGUCAGCAGAGAUCCAGCUCACAGAAGAAUCUCUACCGUGGGAACAGAUCGGCAGAGGAAUCAUUGGGUUCAUGGUUCUCGUUUGGGUCGUCGCCGUCUAUGUUUGGCAUUAUAAGUCGACACGUCCAACUGUCCAACAGACUCAGAGUCCAGCAGGGGGCGACGAGAUCGAACUACAUUCAUUAGAAGGAAAUGAUGGAGAAAACAAAAAUUUACCUGCGAUCAACUGAAGAAAUUAGCAGUCCUCCUCGCUCAUGCUGCAGGACAGUGGAGAGCAGCAGGUCGAAGUGUCCAUGUGCACUGAAGACCACGAGGACCUCGACACUCAUGUGAAGAAAAAACUGAGCACCUCACACUUUACAGUAGCCUAUAAAACGUGCUAAACAUGCUCAUUUUUUUUGUUUUUGGCAGGGGUGCAAAUUCCUGCUUCAUUUCGCUGUGAUGUGCAUUCAUUUUCUGACCAUUAGCUCAACUGUAAGCCAUGACCAUUUUCUGCAAACUUUUUACAACUUUGGACAGUGCUUAAUAUUUUAUGUAUUCAUGUUAUAAUCAUGACUUAGUAUCUCUAUGUGCUAAGUUAUAAUAAUGAGAUACUAAGUCAUAAUGACUAGAAGUUAAGUCAUAACAAUGAGAUACUAAGUCAUAAUUACUAGAAGUUAAGUCGUAAUAAUGAGAUACUAGUUCAUAAUUACUAGAAGUUAAGUCAUAAUAAUGAGAUACUAAGUCAUAAUUACUAGAAGUUAAGUCAUUAUAAUGAGAUACUAAGUCAUAAUUACUAGAUGUUAAGUUAUAAUAAUGAGAUACUGAUUAUAAUAAUAAUGAUUAUUAUGACAUAGAAUCCCAUCAUUAUGACUUAGUAUCUCAUUAUGGUAAACAUUCUUCUUUUUCCAUGUGGCAGAAAAUGUGGCUUUGUCAUUUAAAUAAAAGCACUGUUUGCGAACGUGAGCGAUACAAAUAAAGUGACAUUAUGU